UGCAACUUAAGAAAUACACAUUUAAAACCAAAAAGCAAAACAGAUUAUAUGUAGUCUAAUUAACUUUGCCACACAGAGUAUAUAUAGGGAGAAAACCUGCCCCGCUUUAGGCAACGAACAUGUUGAAAUAGUAUCCGUUACUGCAGUCUUGAAACGUCAUCAGAGAGAAGAGGGUGGUUCUUCAGGAUACCUACCAUAGCAAAGUUUUAAAGAUAUUGAAACGGUUCUCUCGGGCGAGAAGGGUUUCUCAGAAGAGAGUCCGUCUUAGGUGAGUGAUAAUGGAAAUAUCCCAGGGAGAAGAACAUGGGGCCAUGCACGCAGCUACACUGCUGGGGACAGGACAACAACAGAAACAUUCUGACAGCGCGAAAAACGGAACACAUAAGAAAAUAAUUGUUGGGGUCAUUCUAAUAAGCUUACUGGCUGUCAUCCUGGCUGUCAUAUUUGUGAUGAAACUACACUGUGAUGUAAAAGUGAACAGCUGUAAGAGUAGGUGUCUGUCAGGAAACAGAAACAUCGGAGCCACAUGUCACUGUGACCCAAAUUGUGUAAAUGAAGGCAACUGCUGUCUGGAUUAUGAAGAAGUGUGUAUUGAGCCAAGUCAGCGUUGGACAUGCUCCAAAUUUCGCUGCGGUGAAGAGAAGUUGCCCAAUAGCCUUUGCUCAUGUGCUGCAGACUGUGAUCAAACAGGAGACUGUUGUGCAAACUACAACAGUUUAUGCAAAGGAGAAAAAGCAUGGUUUGAAGAAGACUGCGAGGACAUCAAAACACCACAGUGUCCUAAAGGUUUUUCCAAACCACCACUAAUAGUAAUAUCUCUAGAUGGCUUCAGAGCAGAGUACUUGAAAGCCUAUGGCAGCCUGCUUCCAGCCAUCACCAAAUUAAGAGAUUGUGGAACAUCUACAACAUACAUGCGUCCUGUCUAUCCUACCAAGACCUUCCCCAAUCAUUACACCAUUGUCACAGGUCUGUAUCCAGAGUCACAUGGAAUUGUGGAUAAUACAAUGUAUGAUGUUAGACUCAACGUCACCUUCAGUUUGAAAGGAAAGGAGAAGUUUAACCCCCUAUGGUACCAGGGCGAACCAGUCUGGAUCACAGCCAUGAACAACAACUUGAAAUCUGGGACAUUCUUCUGGCCUGGAUCAGAUGUACCUAUUAAAGGAAAAUUUCCAAAUUUCUACAAAGAAUAUAAUGGGAAACUGCCAUUUGAAAAGAGGGUGACCACAAUUUUUGAAUGGUUGAGUUUGCCUCAAAAAGAAAGGCCAGACUUUUACACCUUAUAUAUGGAAGAGCCGGACAGUGCUGGUCAUCGCUAUGGACCAAUGAGUAGUCAGGUGAUUGAGGCUUUAAUGAAAGUUGACGGGAUUAUUAGAUUGCUAAUGGAUGGUCUCAAACAAAGAAAACUCCACAAAUGUGUCAACCUUGUUCUUCUCUCUGACCAUGGAAUGGAGGAAGCCUCAUGUAAAAAGGCUGCAUACGUCUCAUCAUACCAGGAAAAUAUAGAUGACUUCAUUGUCAUCCAAGGCCCCGCUGCACGAGUCCGACCUAAACGUAUUCCUGAAGAGUUCUUCACCUUCAAUUAUGAAGGGCUAGUGAAGAAUUUGUCGUGCAGAGCUCCUGACCAGCCGAUGAAGGCCUAUCUAAAGGAGCACCUCCCCAAACGGUUCCAUUUUGCCAACAACAUCCGCAUAGAGAGGGCACAUCUGUACAUGAAGCCUCAGUGGCAAGCGGCCCUCCAGCCAAAAGAACUAAAGUACUGCAGUGGAGGCUUCCAUGGUUCAGAUAAUGUCUUCAAAAACAUGCAGGCCAUUUUUAUAGGAUAUGGACCAGGACUGAAGUUUAAGACAACUGUGGCUCCCUUUGAAAACAUAGAAGUGUAUAACCUCCUAUGUGAUCUGUUGGACAUUCCUCCUGCCCCAAACAAUGGCACUCAUGGGAGUCUCAACCACCUCUUGCGGAAUCCGCCUCACCAACCUCUUUACCCGGCUGAGGCUUCUGUUGCCUCCAUCUGUUCUACUAUGGUUCCCUUUCCAGAUGACAACCGAGGUUGCGUGUGUAGUUCCCACUCAAAAUUCCAGGUUGAAAAUCUCAACCGACAACUCAUCAGUUCAGAUUCAGAUUUGAGUGCCAAGCAGCGUCACCUACCAUAUGGACUUCCUCGGGUUCUACAAGAGAAUGCACACUACUGCAUGCUUAAUCAUUCCUCCUAUAUUAGUGGAUACAGCAAAGACAUUCUUAUGCCUCUGUGGGUUGCUUAUACCCUGGAACCACAGGUUGGCGUGCCAUGUUUAAAUUGCUCAGAAGAAGAGUGUGUUCGUGCUGAUGUGCGCAUACCAGCCGAGUUGAGUCAGAACUGCUCCAGCUACAAGGACAAGCCCACCCUGACAUAUGGAUUUCUCCAUCCUCCCAAUUUUGGUCCAAAUGGAACUGCAUCUGACUCCUUAAUUACAAGUAAUAUGGCACCAAUGUUUACAGCCUUCAAAGGUAUUUGGAAUUACUUGCACAAUAGUCUAGUGGUAAAAUAUUCUCAAGAUCGGAAUGGUGUGAAUAUCAUGACUGGACCAAUAUUUGAUAAAGACUUUGAUGGGAAUUAUGACAUCAUGACUGGGAAGAUAGUGAAGGAAACACCCUUACCUACACAUUUCUUUGUGAUUUUGACGAGCUGUAAGAACUCCUCUGUGGUUGUACAACAGUGUGAUGGACCUCUUGAGGCUGUUUCUUUCAUUCUUCCCCACAGGUCUGACAACCUGGAGACCUGUCAUAACAAAAGUGACUACUCAUGGGUUCAGGAGUGGGUUCAGCAUCACGUGGCACGGGUUCGAGAUGUUGAGCUUCUAACUGGCCUGAGUUUUUAUCAUGACCAGUUAUCUGUUGGAGAUGCAUUACAACUCAAGACCUUUCUAAAUACCUUUUAGCAUUUGCUCCUAGGGACUAAAGUCAGACCACCUUAUGAGACUGGUUAUAAGUCUGGGUAACAUAAGGACCUUCAUUAAACUUUACACCAAUGUGAGGCUGUAAUCAACCAAAGAUGUAAAAUAAUAUAAAGAAUUUCUUCUUUUUGAUAAAGGAGACUAAUUUUAAUGACCAUUUUAUAAAGACAAGUUGGUUUUGUUUAUACUGUCAGCCAUGUUUUUAACAUCUUGGACACCACAUCCAGAAAUUGUUGUUUCAUACAUGCUCAAGAUAUUGUGCUUAAAAAAGAGAAUUGGAGAAUUUCAAACAAGGAAAAAGCUAUUUGGAAACAGGAUAAGCCGUAUAUUAUAAAAAAGAAAGAUAUAUAUAUAUAUAAAUUAAAUUUAGUUGUGCACAUAUUGGUUGUUCAUAUUACACAACAAUUCAACAUCAAAAGGCAUGACAAUAAAAACAUAAUCGUAUUUCCCAGGUGAGUAAUUUAUGUACAAUGACAAAGGUUUUAGAUAUUUUAUAUAGGUUAUACUUACAGACCAAGCAAUAGUAGAAUAAAAGGAGCUUCACAUAUUUGGAUGUGCCUUCAGUUAUUUCUUAUUUUAUGUACUCUGCAUUGUUGUACUGUAUAUUCUGGAUGUUGUGUACCCUUCAUUGUUAAAUCACAUAAAUUAAUUUUGGGUUUA